GCUGCCCAUUCCCAUUUUCGCAGUCGACGGCUCUGGGAAGUACGUGUACCGUGUUCCUAUAACAUGGCUCUAUUGUGAAAAAAUGAAUACAAAAUUUUAUUCGUGUAUUGAAUGUGGAGCCAAAAACGUAGCCUUAUUUCAAGUAUUUAGUGAAAAUGCAUUAACUUUGCAGACAUGUGCUAACUGUAGUAAGGUCAUUGACAAGUAUGUUGAAUAUGACUUUACGGUUAUAUUAAUUGACAUAUUAUUGCUAAAAUUCUCUGCCUACCGGCAUGUGUUGUACAACUCAAAUACCAAGACACACCUGUCCCGUCUUCUGGCACUUACUCUGCUUUCGUCUAGCUAUGUUGAGUGGGUAUAUCAAAAAGGCCAAAUUCAACAAAGAUCUGAAUUCAUUCUUUAUGAACUAGAAUGGAGCUUUUAUAUCAUGAUUGGGCAAGAAUUAAUUACUGUUCAACUUGUUUCUUGUUAUGUUAUCAGAAGCUGCUUUGUUUUCUUUUACAUUCAUGUUACUUGGAUUCAUGUCUUCAAUGAUGAGUGUCUACCGGGAAACAUUUUCUUGGACACACAUGCUUUGUGGGAUGGCAAUGAGCUACUGCUGGAGUACUGUACAUUUGGUGGAACCACACAAUUCUGUAAUAAGAAGGAUAGGUAGAAUAGACUUAGAAGGGAAAUGCACGAUUACGAUUAUAAAUGAAUAUCAAGCCCUGUCGCAUUGCCGAAUGUGUUGAAUCAAGCUUGCUACUUGGCCAGUAGGGUCAAGUAUAUAGCAAGUGUAAACUCAAGAUUUUAAAAAUUAGAAAAUACUAUCAUAACAUUUUGAGUUUCGAAAAAAACAGUCAGUUUUUGCAACGACAAGUUAUUCCGUUAAUUGGAUGGCCACCGCACGCCGGUAUGGAUGGAAGAUCGUUAAGUGACCUUUUGUUGCACACUUGAGUUGUCUUAUAGCCGGUACAGAGCAGCAUAGUCAUGUAAUCCAUAACUUUUUACAUUUCAAUUUUGAUUGUACUUUUUACCUACCGUACUGUAAUAUCCGAAAAUACGAGACGAAAUACUUAAGCCCAUAAGGCAUCGAAGAAAAACUAACUUUCUAUCACUACUGUAUGAGAUUCCGUUUUUAGUAAAUCUCGAGCUUGUUGCCUGGAAUCGUUAUGUUGCUAAAUGACAGAGUUAGAACUCCAUGUUUUAUAGGUAACACAUCGUUGCAUCUUCAUGCUUCUAUUUGAAGCCCAUUUGAGGGUUUUGGGUUUUUAGCGUUGCCAAUAUCUUGCUGUUAUCAGUUUUAAGCACAAAUUAGUGAUAUGUCGAAAUUGCUACUUUUAACACUCUUGUUGCUUAUCCAAUACGUUUCAAGUAAUAACUGAAUUCACCAGCG